AUCCAAUAUGGCGGCAGAAAUGAACCAGAAAAAGUAGAGAAAUAUUGAAAAUGUGUGGAAUAUUUUGUACCAUUUGCACUUCGACGGAUGAGGCGCAGUGUAGAAGGAAGGUAGGAAUAUUAUCUUAUUUCCCUGCUGGUAAAAAUGUUCAAAAGGGCAUUUAUUUUCAGUUAUUACAUAUUUAUAAAGAUAUUUUUGGAUCCAGUCCGGAGUGCGAGUGCCAGACUGUAUUCAGACUAUGUAAUAGUACAUUAAACUCGAAAGCUGUGAAACUCGUUUGUAUUAUAGCUCGUUACCACAGGAUUCGUCGUGAGAUAAUGGCACGUUUCCUUAUUGGGUGCUUCAAUUAUGUAAAACCUGUGAUUUUAUAGAUUCCAAUCCUCACCAAAGGGGCCACGUCCAUAUUCAUGUUGCCACGCAUAACGUUGACUCGACGUUAUCACCAGUACCCAACCAUGACCACCUCAGAUAACGUUGAUCGUUACCCUGUCGUAUUUUGACUGCUAAAAGAGCCCAAAAUCAAAAUGGGAUUAUAAAAUAUGAGAAGUUUUAUAGGAUAUGUUUUAUUAUUAUUUUCAUACUGAACUAUUCAUCUCGCAGAAAAAUGCUGCGAUUCGCGAACACAAAUUGACGGGUAUUUGACACGAAAAAAUGUCGCUUCAAUACUUCGACCUUUGUUUUGAGCUCUAUUAGUUGAAAAUAAUAUAAUACUGGCAAAAGUUGCACAGCAAACAUUAAAUAUUUAAACUUCGGUCUGUUCGGAUGUAAAUAGUCAAAUUGCCACGAGAGAACGUCGAGGAGUUGACGUAAAAACCCAGCCACCCAUAAUGUCGAUUCGACGUUAUGCGUGGCAACAUGGAUUUUGAGGACAGGGUCAUUUUUGUUGGUGAAUAGUGCAAGGAUGAUCUAUUUGGCAUAUCUUCGGUGUGGAGUUUACAUGCUUUUAGUAAUUUUAUUCAUUAGAAAUAGUUUUAAUUAUAAUAAAUAAUACAGUUAGUAUCUCUUCACAUGCAUGAGGUUGAACAAAACUUCAGUUGUGGCUUUCUUUAUCUUGCUUGCUUGUAACCAGAAUGAAGUGGAAAGCUAUUUAAUUUCUAUUCGAAUAGUGCAAGGAAUAUGAGUAUAUAUUUAUAUGCUAAAUGGGGGCAGUUGAAAGUUUGCCCGAAUUUGUAUGGAGGAUUGUAAUGAAAUAUCCUGAAUUUAAUAGGGGGGCACAGUUUCUCCCCCCCCCCCCUUGCCUUGUAUGCCUAGUGACUAUAGCACUCUGAAAUUCAUCUUUGUAUUUCCAGCUUUUUUUAUUAAUCUAUGCCUACAAUGUAAUGUAUAUUGUUCAAUUUGAAACAUCGCCAUUCCUUUGAAAAUUUGAACUUUUGAAAAUUAAUGUGAAAAAAAUGGUUGUCUUUCAAAAUUAGUCUUAAACAUUGAUCAUCUGAUGCAAGCUAUGAUGGCUAACUUUCUUUUUGAGGCUUAAACUCAGGAAAUUUCCUUUGCAACAGUGCUAGGCAUAUAAUAAACACUUUCAAUUUAUUUUAUUCAUUAAGCUUAAAUGUCCAAUCUUGUACGGGUUUCCAAAGAAGUUUAAGCUUUUUGAACGACAACCUUUCUCUUCGUUUUCUGUUGGAGAUAUUCUUUUACAUGCUAGACGUUUUUCUAGGAUAUCACAGAAAAUAUCAAGCCAUUUUUGCUACGACGUGGUCCAGAUGAUUUUGGUGAGAAACAAAUCAACUGUUCACUGUCAAAUAAUGAAGAGAAAACAUUCGGAGAGGGUCGUCACACUAGCAGUAGUAAUGACAGUAAUUUCAUCCAUUUGGCAGCCGUUGUUCUUCACCUUCGUGGUGAUUGUAUAGCCCAGCAGCCUGUGGAAGACAGCUUUGGUAACAUUUUGGUAUGGAAUGGAGAGAUUUUUGAUGGCAUUGAAGUAAGAUAAUUGUUUUUCAAUAUUUAAUUACAUUUGGGCAGUCAGUUUCGCACCAAAAUCCAAAAAUGUUUGUUCAAUUUAUUAAAAAUAGAAUUAAAGGCCUCGCCUUUUAAAAUCACGAUGAAUAAGAGAAAAUCCUGUAAAUGUGUCUAACUUCAAAAGUGUCAUGCGUGAGACAAAGUACAGUACCUAUUAUUUAUUAAUAAGUGUGGUAUAUUAACAGAAAAUCAGUCUCCACUUCGUCGUUAGUAAUUCCCGUAAGGAAAAUAUUCUAAUUUUUUUUGUAGGCAUCUCACUUGAUACAACUUCGAACGAGAAUGAUAAUAUAUAAUUAGCCAUCAUUAAAUAAUUAUUGUAUGGCAAGCAUCACUUCCAGUGAAAUGGCAGACUGUGAUUGGCUGUGAAGCACUUUCAGCGGUCCAUUAUAAUUUUGUUAUUACGUAAAAACAAACGCAUGCAUUUUAAAACAAAACAGCAAAGCUAAUUGAAAAUAUGAAAAUUAUAAUUUAAUUUGUUAUUAAUAAGACAUCUGCGAUUGCUUUUUAGUGGAAAAGAAUUAGGAAAUACAUUGUUAUUUGGUAUUUUUUGUUUUCUUUGACCAAAUGUGUACCACGCUACUAAUAUGCAUUUCAAAUCUUCCAUUUCUUGUUUGUUUCAAGUAUAAAUGCCAUAUAAUAAACUUUUUAUUAACCGCGCUUGCUCGGUUAUGUACGGAGAAAUAUCGAACCUCGGUCUUUUUGUACAAACCUUGCUCUGCAGGCUCGGUCUGUUACAGACCUCGCGUUCGGUUGAUAAGAAGUUAUUAAUUUGUGAAAUAGGUAUGGUGCUUAAACUAAAUGUGAUUGGCGAAUUUGUAGUCACGUGAAUUUAUAUUAAUUACAAUGUAUCCCUCCGGGAACCGAAUGAAAAAAAACAUUGCGAAAAGAAUACAUGCAUGCAGCAGGCAACAGGAAAUGCUGCCGGAACAUUUUCAAUCAAUCAAGGCCUGCGAGAGCCAACCACGGGCCCCGGGCUUUUAAUUCAGGAACACGCCCCGUCCUUCUUGACACUCACGCUGAUGAAGGGAAUCGCCAGCGAAUUACUUGCAAGAAGUCGACGGAGAAUUUCAGUGCAUGCAUGUUAUCGUACCAACAGAUAGACGUAAUAAAUUUGUUCAACACAGCUAAAUACCUCAUUUCAUAACUGAUAACGAGUUAAAGACGCGAUCUAAACGAUGUUUAGCUACAGUAACUGUUUUUGCAGAAAAAAAAACUAUCGAAAAAUCGUUUAUUUCACAUUGGUACGUUUUACGAUCGAUCACGACGAUCAGCGGAUAGUGUGGAAGCAAGCGUAUUUCAUUUAGGACAAAAAUAAAACGAGCGAUGAUAAACGAUACGAACAUUUCACCAAGAUCCCUCCUUUGCCCUCUGGCCUCCUGCCCCCCCCCCCCUCGCCGGCCUUGCAAUGAAUCAAUAAAUCAUUUCCAUUAAAGAGUUUCAGUUCCCACGGGAAAUUGGUUCGUUUGUUUUCCCUCGAAUCUCAAUGUCAACAUUAAAACUCUCUGGUAAGCAAAACUAUUUCCUUCGGGAGCAUUCAGACAUUGAGUGUAUAAUGUUAUUUCCACACAAUUACUUUCUGUAAUUUUUAAACCCUUACCUCAACCACGACAAUAUUUAAACGCUUUAAUACCAGCUUCAAAUGAAAAUAGGACACUUGAGAGUGUCUUGCAAUUACAAUGUGCAUAAUAAAUAUAUUUGUUUAAAUUAAAUGUAAACAAUGUAAAGUUAAGGUUACACGAGGCAGAUUUUUCUGGAACUUUGCGACGCAAAGUCGGCACGGAGCCAUGUUUUGUAAAACCCUGAUAAAACGUAUGCACAGUAAAAUUGAGAACUUGUCAUGCAUUUUACUCCGCUAGUCAAAGAAAAAGUAUUCACAUGCACAGGUUGCGGUGAAUUUUCCGUUUUUAUCGAUUUUUUUUGCGAAAGAAACUCUGAAACGGAAACUGACUUUCAGAUUAAAGAGUAAUUAUAGUAUGUAAUCGUGUGUAUAAUCGUGAGAAUUUGAUAACUUUUCUGUCUUCCUGUUUACCUAACUCCUCUAACAGGGAAUAACAAAAAAAUAAAGAUCUUGACUUGUCAAGAAUUGAGACUAUACAUUAUUCAUAGUAUAUUUUGUCUUUGUUAAAACAAAUACAAAAUAUACCAUGUAUAGUCUCAAUUCUUGGCAAGUCAAGAUCUUUGUAUAGAUAUACCUGGAGUAUCAUGUAGAGAAUCGUCCGCUAAAGUUGCGACAGCGUCUUUAUUUCCAGAAAUAUUUUCAUCUUCCAUUUUAACUUCAGUUCUGCCCAUCUUUCAUUGUAAAUUCAGUACUGUCCCGGAUCCCUCGACGUCACGUGAAAUACUGGCUUAUUUCAUUUGACGUUGAGGAACCCGGAAUGUUUCCCUCCUAAACGGUACCAAGAUUCCUCCUAUAAACGUCAAGAAAGAUAAUGAAAAUCACUAAAAUAUUGAAAAAAACUAUUUAGUGUUGUUUCGUUUUACACUGGAAAGCAUUUUAUUCCUUGUAUUCGAAAGGAAUUUAUGAGAAAUCAUAAUCGCAUUUGCACAAAUGAAAACCGGUUCCUUGUGCACACUGAAAGUUUGCGCGGGAAUGAAAUCACAGUGUAGUUAAUGAGAUGGUUGCAUAGCAACGUAAAAACUAAUUUAUCUUGCGCAUUAAAUGCGAAUCAGAAACGAGAAGAUUUUUAACGUUAUCUGUAAUGACAUAGUUCCAGGUUUUAGUGUAAUAAUUCUUACCAUCUAAAAUUCUUCACUGUCUAAAAAGGUUUUACUGUAAGCUCUGCAUCACGAGCUUUAGUUUCGUUGAAGUUUUGCUUGGCUGCCUCAAUUAUACCAUCGAGACUCGUUUGCCCUCUCUGCAUAAAUAUUGAAUUUUAAUAUUUCCUGUACCAGUUCUUUUUCAGUCUCUUCACAUUGGAAAUUGGUAUGCUCCUUUUCGACCAUAUAUUUAUCUAAUCACCCAAAAUGUUUGGAAAAUUUCCGCGAGAAAUACGAAAUGUGCGCAGUCUCCAUCAAUCAAUUAUGACAAACUACAUUAUGACAUCACAGCGCUUUUAUACCUUGAACCAGAGCAAGGGAUUGUGGGAUAGUAAUUAGUACGCUGUUUGUGACAUCAUUUAUUGAAAGAAGAAUAAAAGAACUUGCGUAAAACCGGUUUUGCACCUGGCAACUUUUAGUUUGCGUGCUAAGUGUCUCAACAAAGGGUCGUUCACGUGAAACAAAAUAAAACGAAAUGGAUAAUAAAUAAUAAUGAACAAUAAAACCCAGUUCGUUUUGGGCAUGUUUGAAGGUAAAGAACAAGUUUCUAAAUAUAAUUUUUAGGAACGAUUGAAUACAGUAAUCUGGUGUAGCAUUGAACAGUUAAUUCUGAAAGCUGUAUCCGUUCUUGCCUUAAAGUUAAAUAUAAAGUUGGUCAUCAGAUCAAUAAUAUCAAUACUCAGCAAAACAGUAGCCUUUAUACAACCGAUCCGUGAACUUUAUUGGCAUGGAACUUUAUUAAACUUAUAUAUAUCUAACAUGCUGUCGCAAGGCAGCACUAAUUAGCAACUGACAUGAGCUUCUGAAGGAAGACCGUGGGGGUAACUCCCGCAGGAAAUUUUGAUAUGUGAUGCCUCUUAGCUGGGUAGAAAAGGGUUCUCACAAAUUUCUUAGAAAAACGUUUGUUUUGAACUUUUUGUACAGAUGUCAGAACUUAAUUAUGCUUAAAAUCAUUCAUGUAUAAAAUCGGUCAUGCGUGUGAUUAUGCAUGAAAGACCACCAUUGACGUCAAAAAAGUCCAAGUUUUAGAGGUCUCGCGUAACAUCGCUGUGUCCUAAAAUUGCGUAAAGAAAAUUGCCUCGUGCAACAUUGCCUUUAUGGUUGGCAUACGUUUUACAGCUGUCAUACUUAUGACGCAUUCAUCUCGUAUUAAAAACUUUGUUUUGCGACAGGUUCCAGCGUAUGAAAGUGAUACCACAGCGCUCCUUAGGAAUUUACAUGCAUCCUCGGAUAAAGACGGUGUUGAACACGUUCUCAAGACUAUGGGUCAUAUACAUGGACCAUGGGCAUUUGUGUACUACCAGGUAAGACUACACCAAUCCUGUUCGCAAAGUACAAUAAUGACCCUUUAAGACCCUUUUACGCAACGCUCAAAUUUUCCACUGCACAGAUAAAAAUAACCCGUACCAAAUUUGUCUGUUCUAUAAGACUGGAAUUUCUAUUCACGAGGUCCUUACACUGGCAAAUUAUGUACGGGUACGAUUUUUCUGCUGGUCGGCCACUCAAAUCUUUCCUGCUCACCACAUUCUCUUGCAUCUUCUCGUCACUGCCGUCAUGCAGGGUCUUAGCUAGUAUUUUAAAUUUUGUGAGUGUUUCUAAUUUUCCAGUGUGUAUACGUGCCAAUCACCCAGAAUGGCCAAAUGCACGUCCAACUUACAUUAUAAUGAGUCCUUUUAGGAACUCUCAUUAUUUACAUUACAUUAUAAUGAGUUCUUGUAGGAAUUCCCACUACCUAUAUAUCCAUCUGAACAUAAGAAUAUCACGGGUCAACUUAUUGGCACUACCCUCAGUAUAUAUACAUGAACUUGUGGUUAGAGCUCGACUACUGGACUCUAUAACUCAGUUGGUUAGAGCACUGCACCGGAAUCACAGGGCUGCAGGUUCGAUUCCUGCCAGGGACCUGUAGUUGCAUUUUUCGCAACUGUUCCUGUUUAGGUCUAAUAAAUGUAUAUUUUAUUUAUUAUAAUUUCCAUCUACAAUUAAGACCCUUCAAUUAUUAUUCAAUCGAGUGAUCUAUGCCAACAGGAAUGUCGAUAAUUUUCACAAACUAGAUUUUACAAGCUUUCUCACGACAUAAAUAGGAGCAAAUUCUGUUUGUUGAAAGUACAGCAACACUCUUAUUUUAUGAAUUUACACGGCUUUAUAUAAAUAAUGAAGUCACGUUCGCUUUAUUUUCCCGUGCGUGCUUUUCCAUUUCUGAAAGCGGUAACACGGCCAACACGGCCUUCUACAGUAAGACCCUGAAUGUUUUCCUUUAAUUUUAUCCUUAUUCAUUAUUUUCUGCAUUGUGUAUCACCAUAUCUGCCCUUUGCAAGUCUCCAGUGUAAAAUACGUGCAGUGCAAAAUAUUGAGUGCCUUAUAUAAACGGGCUGUUAUAGGUACACGUUCAGUACUGCUUAAAGAAAUAACCAGAGAAACCGUAACCAGAAUACGCUGUAUGUUCCGAAACGCGUUCCAGUUAGGCGGAGAUGUGAGUUGGGCGCGAUUUCAAGCGCGUUGGCAACGAAGAGGAAUGCACGGGGAACGCAUGCACUCACGUGUCCCUAGCUGGUACGUUUUUGUUAGGCUUUUUUUGAGUGCUGAUAAUAUAGCUACAAAAGUGGAUAUUGUUUCUUCAUUCUGGUAACCAUCGGGCAAACCUGUUCAGUGUUUUUAUUAGACUUGUUCUACAGUGCACAUAACUCACUGCCUUAAUCUUAAUGUGCUGAAAUAACCUGUGCAAAGCGGAGUUACGUUAGGCGUGCUUUACGUAGACAUGCUGUAUAUCGAACACAUGUAGAGUUAUACGUCAAUCAUAUGUAACCUUACAUGUUUGAUAACACAAACGUCGGAUUUGAUGAUUCUUCAUAACAUGCUCAACCUCAUUCACUCACACAUUUUAUUGUUAAAUAUUGCUCAUGACGUGUUUUCCUUGUCGAACAUGGUUGUAGGCUAAUCGACAUACUCUUUGGUUCGGUCGAGAUUAUUUUGGACGUCGCAGUUUACUCUGGCACCUUCCGUCAUCGCCCUCUGACUUGUUUGCAUUAUCAUCAGUUGGAACAAGAGUGGCAGAGGACUCAGGAGAACAGGUGAUAUCCGUUAUUCUACGUAAUGGAAAAACCUUUGUGAGGGAAGUGUGAUCUCUAAUUUUUAUCUUAUCUUGUUUUUUAAUUUUUUUAAAAUUGUAUGAACUAUUAUGAAAUUGAUUUACUAACAGUAAAUUCUAAAUUAAGUUUGUUAACCCUGGAUAUCUCUAUAUAUCAUUGAGCUGUUCUACUUAGACGUACAAUAAUCACUAUGGAAGCUAGGCAUGGUAAACUGUAUAUUGAAGGCUCGAAGUUCGAUUGCAGAGAUUAAAGUAACAUAAUUAUGCACCAAUCUCCGAGGCUUGAGCCGCCAACACCCCACGUCUGUGGAGUGGAUCGCGGAUAAUGCACCUGCAUAAGACUGGAAGCUGCUGGUUUCAGCCUAAAAAAUUGGAAGAUAUCUUGACAGUUUGCAUUUCAAUCCUUGCGAUUACAGUUCUUUAGUUCAAUGUACGCCCUCCUUCAGAAGAUUAUUAAUGCCACAAUAUCUGUUAUCUACAAAAUGAAUAAACAAUAUGACGGGUUUCUUGACAGCAUUGUCUCACCGUAUAAAUUUCUGGAACACGUUUUUUAGUUUUGGAAGGAAGUACCAGCAGUUGGGAUUUAUUCAGUAGAUAUAAGGAAAGUUGACACAUAUUUUUCCAAUGGAGGUACAAGUAUGGUUUAUUUAGUCAGGAUUUAUCUCCCGAUGGUUUUAUUGAUUUUUCCUUUAGUACAAAUAUAAUACCUGAAACCUAAGCUGAUACGAUGAUAUCAUUACAUAGUUCAAAUAACUGAACAACACAUCUCCUUAUAUGUGCAUGUUAUUCAUACAUUCAUGUAGAUGGAAAUACUAUAGACUUCCAAGCUGUUCUUCGAAAAUAUCCAUGGCAAAAGUUUUCUUCUUCCGAAUAUCCAGUAUGUCCCGUACGUAACCAGUUCAAUAGAGAUACUUUAGACUAUAUUGGUAGUUCAACUCCACCAGGAAACUGUUCAAAAAUACCAUGUCAUUCCUCGCAUCAAAGUGAAACUGCGGUAUCAAAAGAGGAUAUUGUAAAUGGUAAACAGAACAGAACUCCCGAUAAUUCUGCUGUUUCUUCGAGAAAUAAUUCUUAUUCACUUCCUAAAGAUACAGCUUCUAAUUCCCAGGUGGAAGUUCCAACUAGUGCCGUGAAUGACGAUGUUAUAUCCGAAGUUGUGGGCAACACUUGUGGAAGGCAAACCGCAGCAAAAUGCCACGUUAACGCUAUCAAGUAUGAAGAUAAUCAAGUAGACGGUCAUUCUGAUCACACCAAGGAACAACAAGAUAUUCGUUCUUGUUCUACUAAAGAGCAUGAACUAAGUUCCACAACAUUUCCGGAAAACCUUAGUGGUACAAGCCACUCAUCUAAGCUGUCCCCAAAUAACGACGAUGCAGGGAAUAUAUCUACGCAAUCCAGUCUAUUUAACCGUGAUGAUAAAACGAACCUAUGCUUAGAUAAACAUGUAAUACAGGACCAUAUUAGCCCAGAUGUGGUUGAACAAUUUGCGAACAUUCUUAUGGAAGCUGUUAGAAGGCGUGUUCUUAAUCUGCCAAGAAAAGCGAAGUCAAAAUCCUGCAUUGCCACAGUCCAUGGAAAUGAUAGUGCAAAUGAAAGGGAUACAAGACUUUGUGUUGGGAAUGAAUCGAGAAGUAAUGUUGGGAUUCUGUUUUCUGGAGGAUUAGAUUCGAUUGUACUAGCGGCUCUUGCAGACAGGUAAAUUAUAAAUUAACUAUUACUGCGAGGCUGGAGCUGAUAUGCCGUGUGGGUGCAUGGGGAGUGGGGGCGGAGUGCGUACCCCACCUAGUGGUGUGUAGCACCCACCUGGAGAAGUCCAGCACCACCAUAAAUGUGGUCUGCUUGACCACAUAUUUUUUGCUUUUCGAAUAGCGAUCAGCGGAGCUUCUACUGUUAGCGUGUGUCGAUUUAUUUAUUUAUUUAUUUAACUUUGCCAAAAACACGUAAUAGAACAAUAAGUAAACAAUAAACUCGUAUGACAGGGAUGGCAGGGACACCACAACAGUGUAAACCAAUUACUGUGGGCCCUUAAAACAGCACAACCUCAUACCCAGGGCUGGCCGCGAGUUGAAGGCUGUCGCUGCCUUCAACUCGCGGCUAGCCCUGGGUACGAGGUUGAAAACAGCAUUCUUGAAACGAUUUAAUUUCGGAUAUAAUGUAGAAAAUUUAUUGUACUGUGUUUUACGUGCUACAGCAACCGCCCAGUUAGCCAUACAUGAUAAAAAGUUGAUAAUUUUAUAAACUUUAUGAACCAAAGAUAAUGUAAAACGUAACAGAACGGCGAACACGCAGAUUCGGCCAUCUCAAAUAAUUGUAAUGCUGGGAUAGUAGCGUUGUAGACUGCAGAAGUGGGCAGUAAAGCUCCCUCGUGACCACCCCGAAGGAAAACCUGCACCCUUCCUUGCAGAUGAGACUAGAUUUGCUGCUGCUGCGAGGACUUCAAAUCCCGUCCAGUCCCCAUUUUCGGAUUUGAAACGGCAUCUCAUAUCGUUCCAUAAAUUGUGGUCAAUUUUUCCUCUAGCCCUAUAGGGCCGAGUUAAUUUUGAUUCAGUCCUAUAUUUUACGUAUAUUCCAGUAUGAUCAUGGUAAUUUCGCUAUGAAUUAUUAAUGAUUUGAGAUAAGAGAAUAAAACACUCUGUGACUCGUUGGUAAACAUUUUUGAUAAGAUUAUAAAUGAAAGACAGACUUAAACCAUUGUCUUUUCGCAUAGGUCUACGAAAGAUGAUGAUGAUAAAAUUAAUAUAUUCCUGUCUAGUACUUCAGAAGAAUAACGAAACAGAAUAAUUUUUUUGCAAAUAUAUUUCUUGCACGGUAUUUGCUUAAAUAGGCGUACGACACAGGAGGGCACCCCCAAGAAUUUAGAAAACCGUGGAAAUUCGGGCAAAUGCUCGGAUAAAUCAAGAGGGUUUGGGCAAACGUAUCACAAAAUAUGUUAAAUUCAGAUAAUUUCAUUACAAUCUUCAAUAAAAAUUCGGCCAAACUUUCAGGUGCCCCCUCUGCGGAAAGUAUCAGCCGUUCGUGUUUGCUACCCGUGUUUGCUUGCGCAAUAAGCUGCUGAGUUAAAAAUUCGAGUAAUGGAAAAAGAUGUGUUACAAUUAUCGCUGUAUACAUACCUGACACUAGACUUGGUCCAAGUCUGUUUCAGGACAAAAGACGGACUUGGAACAUUUGCAGCAUGUCCAAUGUUACUUGCAAAAUUGCCACAAAAAUUUGUUGUUGUCAACUCGUUAGCCACGCCACCGUAGGAAAAAUCUGACGGCGCGCUUGCAAAUGUCCCAAGUUCGUCUCUCCCUAGAUUUCUCUCAUAUUUUCGUGCUUUUUUUCACCGCUUACGCAUGUCGCUACUUUCAACCUCUCGACUCCGACCAACCAGAGAACCGGACGCGUCAGUGUUAGGUUUUUUCAGGGUUUAACUUGUCUGUUUUUCUCUUGGCCUUUCUCCAUUUGUUUUAGCAAUGCGCAUGCGUGUUGUUGUUUCGCUCGAGAACCAACUCUCCGUUGUUAUCCCUGCUGCCCAUUUCACUGUCUCGGAUGGGAGUGGUUCCAGCAGAUGCUAAUAAUAAACUUACUUACAGUAUUAUGUCUAUCAUAUUGGCAGAUGUGUUCCACUAGCGGAAACUAUUGAUCUAAUCAACGUCGCAUUUGAACAAAAGAGUGCAAGCAAGCAUACCAAACAAGGACGGAAGCACAAACAGCGUAAAAACCCAAACGAUGGUGAAGCAUGUGUUACUAACUUUGAAGUACCAGAUCGAAUCACCGGGCGUAAUGGUGUCGCAGAACUCAAACAAAUUAAUCCAGAAAGAACUUGGAAUUUUGUUGAGGUAUACUUCUCAUAGAUUGAUUCAUAUUAGCAAAGUUUGAAAUGUAUUUCCUUUUUUUUCCGGAAAAUUGCGCGUAGAACAACAGUAUCAAUAUUAUUCUCUCUCGCCUGCGGAAGCUUCGAAUUUCAGCGGUUAUAACUUCACACUGCGUACCUUUUAGCGCAAUGGCGCGAGUAAUGGAUGAUUGCAGCUAUCGAUUAUUUUUUUAUCUAACCAAGAAAAACGAAAUUUAUCAUUAUAGCUCAAAAGAGCAUCCUAAAAUUAGUAAAAUUGCAACGUUUGUGUGCGAAAUGUUGUAAAAUACGAAAAAUAUAACCCUGUGAAAUUAGCAAAUUUUGAGUACUUUAGUAUUACGCGCGGAAAAAUGCACCACUUUCGGCUCAAAAGUGGUGCAUUUUUCCGCCCGUAAUAACAAAAUACUCUAAAUUUGCUAAUUCCACAAGGCUAUAUUUUCCGUAUUUUACAACAUUUCGCAACCAAAUUUGGCAAUUUUACUAAAUUAAGGAUGUUCUUUUAGUUCUUUUAAUUUGUAUCAUAUUCCUUUUUGUAGAACAAAAAUUAGACAAUUUUCAGUUACUUAUCAGGCUCCAAAAUUUUUUAAUUCUCUUAGUCAGAAUAUCCGUGAUGCAUCAUCUGUUUAUUGUUUUCAAUCUAAAUUGAAGAAUUAUCUGUUUUCUCUUUAAUUGAACAGUUUUUCAGUUAAUACUUAUAUUAAUAAUCUGUUUAAGUUUUGUAAUUCUUAUUGAGUAUUUUAUUGAUAGCUAUCAAUCUAUCUAUCUAUCUUUUUUUUAUUCUUAAUUUGACAAUUUCCAAUAACUCCUCCAUUUGUUAGAUUUUGUAACAACUAAAUGAAUAUUGUAAUUAAUUGUUAAUAAUGUUUAUACUAAGCUGCCUUCAGAUCUAUCAAACUCAUGAAUAAGGAGCCCAAAUCAUAUAAGACUAUGUGCACACGGUAACGUUUUCGAGCGUUUUCAGCUGUAACGUUUUCAAAAAGUGUCGUUUUCAAGCCGUGUCCACACGAAAACGGAUGAAAACGUCAUCUUAUGACGAAAACGUUCUCAAUGCUAAAAACGUUUUCGGACAAGCGUUUUCACGUUGAAACGCUAAAAAUCCAAGAUGGCGGCUUAAAAUCAAAAUGUUAUAUUUUUGUUUCCUGGAAGCUUAAGAUCUUUCAUUGGAUCAUUAAUUCUUAAGUUAAAAACUUUAGCAACAAAUAAAACAAAAUAUAUAGCCUUUCAAAUGUAUAAUGAUUUAUGAACGAUUUAAAAUGCGGUUUGCUUUCGAAGAAGCGACAGACUUCGUAUCGGUGAUGCUAAACAGUACAUAUAAAACUGUUUACUUUAUGAUAAUGAGCAGAGGACAUUUUAAGAAACUCGUUGACAAGUAAUGACUUUAUCUGGUGGAAAAUGAAUGGCAAUAACAAGCCGCUAGAGAUGGAAUUUUUAUCGAGACAAACAUUUGCAUCUCGUGAAAACGUUUCCGUGUGGACAGAGCGACAAACUGACAAAAUUGGAAACGACGUUUUAGAAACGCUCGGAAACGUUACCGUGUGCACAUAGUCUAAGCCUUCUGGUUUCUCUUUGGGCUACCUUGCCACUAUUUAUCUACUUUAAUGUUUUUGUUUGUUUUUUUCGAUUGUAAAGUUUCUAAAUUGUGAUAAGUUCUUUGAAUGUUUGCAUGGCGAUAAAAUAUAAUUGUUUUUGUUUGUGGAAACACCACGUAAAUUUAUUACUGCAAAGCUUUCGAUCCGUAAGCCCGGAUCUUCAUCAGUGCUAAUAAUAUGUGACUUGUUUAAUUCACACGCUCCUUUUAUAUACAAGAGUGUCGUGAUCUGUUGGCUCGCGUCAUUUGAAAUUUAAUUAAACGGCACAUCAACCACGUCAUUUCAAACGUAAUGAAGUGAUUCCAAUUAACGCGCGCGCAUCCAAGACAAGAGAAAUUAAUUUUGCACAUUAAAGAGAGCACGCCACGUACUAUCUAGUGGCUUUCCCUCCUGAUCUAUAGUAUUGUGCUUCUCGAUUUCAAUUGACUCUCUAAAUUGUGGUAAAUAAAAUGACUUGACUUGACGGAUCAAAAUUUAGUCUAUAGCUGGAAUCAUGCAUUCCCUUCGAAGAGCAUUCUAUUAAAUUCAUUGCAUUAAGAAUAUACUGAUCAUUUUAUUCGCAGUGAAUAUAAUUAUUAUCUCAGCAAAAAUUAUUUCACUCUCUCUCCAGGUGAUCUCGUGUUCGUAUUUUAGCCAAUCAGCGCUCAGAAAGGGUUGUCCGAAUAGAAAUCCAUUUUGAUGUAUUCAGUCAAUUAUAUCUUUCGUUAUUCUUUAUGAAACUAGUUGAAAUUUUGUAAUUAUGUUUGCUUAUGAGAACCAUAGCUCUGACAAAAAUAUGGAAUCGAAAUAAAGUAUAUUACAGGAGAUAUUCAGUUGUUUUAAUCAUAAAAUGGAUUUCUAUUUGACAACUAGUGCCAGUACUUUUCCGCGUAUCAAGAUCACCUGGCUGUAAUGUGGUUAAGCCGCCGGGCAAGUGCGCUGCGUGCCCCUAUUUGACGCAAACUAAAUUAUCUGAAAAAUAAUAUCAGUUUUUUCGACAGAAUUUGAAUUUCGUUGGAUCUUCAUGUUUUGACUUUUCUCCGGUUUCUGAGUUCCCCCACUAUUUUCUCUUGUAAAUAACUUUUGUAAUCAAAAUAAAGAAUGUAAAUAAACCGCCGACUACUGUAGUUAUAGGAAUCUGUGAGUCCUUCAACUGUUUGAUGUAUUUUUUCUUAACUAGGUAAAUGUAACUUUGGAGGAAUUACAGAAAGAAAGGUGAGGUAAAGAAAGGAAGUUGUUGACAUAAAAGUUGUUGAAAAGCAAGACAUAAAAUUCAAAGUGAUAUAUUCUAUACUCUAUUUCCAAAUCAUUGUCAGACCUAAAUCAAGCAUGCUCAGAUUAGUAAUUUAAUCUUUCUGUUUGUAUAACCGGAACGAUCUGAGCACGAUUCGUGUAAAUAUAGUUAUAGGUUUGACAAUGCUUUGGAAGUAUAGAGUCGAAAUAUCACCUUUGAAUUAUAUUACUACAUUAUUCAGAUGUAUUAUUAUAUGAUGGCGGACUGUGAUUGGCUGAGAAGCACUUUCAGCGGUCCAUUAUUUUCCCAUAAUGGACCGGCGGUCCAUUACGUAAAAACAAACGCAUGUAUUUUAAAACAAAACAGCAAAACAAAUUGAAAAUUUGAAAAUUAUAAUUUAAUUUGUUAUUAAUAAGAUAUCUGCGAAUGGUUUUUAGUGGAAAAAAAAAAGACUACAUUGGUAUUUUUUGUUUUCUUCGACCAAAUGUAUACCACGCUACUAAUAUGCAUUACAAAUCAUGCAUUUCUUGUUUGUUUCGAGUAUAAAUACCUAUAAAUGCCACAUAAUAAACUUUUUAUUAACCUCGCUUGCUCGGUAUGUACAGAGAAAUAUCGGACCUCGGACUUUUUGUACAAACCUCGCACUACGGGCUCGCUCUGUACAAAAAAACCUCGGUCCGAUAUUUCUCUGUACAGACCUCGCGUUCGGUUAAUAAGAAGUUAUUAUCAUGCUAGUCUUUUUCUUAUAUAACACCCUAAAGAUUCAAAUUUUUAUAGCUGAGAAAUUUACAGUAUCGUAUGUUGUAUUCAAAUUACACGCAGCUGCAAUAUGCUUACUGACUCCUUGGCGUUUAGUUUAUUAUCAAAUAACUACAAAUAAUUAAUUAUGAAAAUAGAGGGAACUCAAAGACUGCAUACCUCAGCCAGGGAAUUAAAUUAUGUAUCAUGCAUAAAUUAUAUAAUGGGAUAAUUACGCAUUGAAGUUACUCUGCCUGGCAAAGCAGGACAAACGUUUGCUAAUUUCUCGUCCAUUUUUCAUCGAAAUUAAACCAAAGUUUAAUCAAUUUAGUCUUGAAAAAAUGUUCAUUAGUCUCUUUGAGUUAUGUAGUGCUGACAGACACACAUACAAACGCGGAUGAAAACAUAUCCACCUGGCAGAGGUAAUAAAUAAUUAUCAAUUAUUUUUAAUUCCUUUGCUUUUUUAAUUUAGGUCGAAUUAUAUUUCACAUUUGGUGUCUCCUCAAAGUACAGUUCUUGAUGAUAGCAUUGGUUCUGCAUUGUGGUUUGCAGCAAGAGGACGAGGAAAUUUAACUUGCAAGCAAUGUAUCGAAAAUAUAAAAGAGCAUCCAAUUUCGUGUAACAAUCAUCCAUCAUAUACUUGUCCUGCAAAGGUUUGCGUUUUUUAUCUUCCUAGGUUUAGCGAGAGUCUUUUGCUUUCCAAACCCUAUUAUAUAGCUUAGUCGUUAGCGACCUUUAGCAAUAUGGGAACGUGACGACAACUGCAAUUGAACAGGGCCGCCGACAGAUUGCGCGGGGCCCGGGGCAAAACUUUGCCAGGGACGUCAUAAUUGUAAGAGAGGAGAAGCGGUGUUUUACAAUAUGUUGCACUUUAUAUGCAAUGACGCUGAUAGGAUUUAUAUUCUCGAUUAAGCAAUCUUAUAUCAGGCUUUGUCGCCAGAGGCGACCGUAGAAAGUCUUCGACUCGAUCAAGUUGAGCUGCUUUCCAAACCCUAUUAUAUAGCUUAGUCGUUAGCGACCUUUAGCAAUAUGGGAACGUGACGACAACGGCAAUUGAACAGGGCCGCCGACAGAUUGCGCGGGGCCCGGGGCAAAACUUUGCCAGGGACGUCAUAAUUGUAAGAGAGGAGAAGCGGUGUUUUACAAUAUGUUGCACUUUAUAUGCAAUGACGCUGAUAGGAUUUAUAUUCUCGAUUAAGCAAUCUUAUAUCAGGCUUUGUCGCCAGAGGCGACCGUAGAAAGUCUUCGACUCGAUCAAGUUGAGCUGCUUUCCAAACCCUAUUAUAUAGCUUAGUCGUUAGCGACCUUUAGCAAUAUGGGAACGUGACGACAACGGCAAUUGAACAGGGCCGCCGACAGAUUGCGCGGGGCCCGGGGCAAAACUUUGCCAGGGACGUCAUAAUUGUAAGAGAGGAGAAGCGGUGUUUUACAAUAUGUUGCACUUUAUAUGCAAUGACGCUGAUAGGAUUUAUAUUCUCGAUUAAGCAAUCUUAUAUCAGGCUUUGUCGCCAGAGGCGACCGUAGAAAGUCUUCGACUCGAUCAAGUUGAGCUGCUUUCCAAACCCUAUUAUAUAGCUUAGUCGUUAGCGACCUUUAGCAAUAUGGGAACGUGACGACAACGGCAAUUGAACAGGGCCGCCGACAGAUUGCGCGGGGCCCGGGGCAAAACUUUGCCAGGGACGUCAUAAUUGUAAGAGAGGAGAAGCGGUGUUUUACAAUAUGUUGCACUUUAUAUGCAAUGACGCUGAUAGGAUUUAUAUUCUCGAUUAAGCAAUCUUAUAUCAGGCUUUGUCGCCAGAGGCGACCGUAGAAAGUCUUCGACUCGAUCAAGUUGAGCUGCAUCCUUCGCAAUUCAGCUUAUAGCUCUCAGCGUUAAGUAAGGGGAUUAGCCCCCCCCCCCCCGAUACACCCACUUACUAUAUCAUGACAAGUUUAUUUUGCAAUAAUUUAUUUGAGUGAGUUUGUUUUGGCUGUAGUCGUCGAGAUCGACAGUCACGUUGCUGUCCUGCUCGCUAGAGGUCAAUUGACGGUAAUAAUUUCUAGAAUAUGCAAAAUAGUUACUACCGUCAACCCACUAUGGUUAAGCUACUGUAAUAAUGCAGUAAUAAAAUUUACGUGGUGUUUCCACAAAAAAAACCUAUUAUACUGUAAUAUUGUUGAAUACUGUUUAUGGAUAAUGUUUAUGGAUUAACGGUGUGUAUGCUGGGAUACUCGCCAUCCAGAUAUUGUAUCUUUUUUGGUCAAAAAAACGUUUGUGAAUGGCCAAACGUUUUUCUGCCUACAUUGCGACCUCGACAUAUUUUGCGUGUUAAGGUUUAAAAGAAACCUUUGUUUUUUUAGGUAUUACUUGUAGGAAUGGGAGCGGAUGAGCAACUUGGUGGCUAUGCACGUCAUCGUUCUCGCUUUAAGUAUGCAAAUAAUAAUAUCUCCCUAUUUUCUCUUAAAUUGUACCAUGAGGAGCAUUCUGCUAUCCCCAGUCUAGGUUCGUAGUCUCCAGGAUCAGAAAAUUCAAAUACUUAAUUUCAAUAAAAUUUUUGACAGCUACAGUAUGUAUAUACAACUACGUGAAAUAUAUAAACAGCACUUCGGCGUCUCGAGGGAAGAGCCUUUGUCAAAACGGCGAAGUUCUGCUUAUGUUUUUCAUGUAGUUGUAAUAUUGUUUCUGCUUAUUUUCAAAGAAUAUUCAAAGACCUUAAGAGUAAUCAGCUGUUGAAAAAUUCCGACUGUAAGAGCCAGGAAAUUGCACUAACCAAAUACCUAAUACCAAAGAACCUAAGGACUUUCCAAAACUUUCUACACUGAUAAAAUUCAAAGACUUUCCAAUGACCUUUAUUGCUUCAAGUCCUAGAUUAAACUUUAAAAACUUUCCAAGAUUGGGGAGACCGCUACGAACCAUACAGCGUACUUACGGUCAGGUGUCCGUGGUGACAAAAACGUCGAUUGCUGAAAAGUACAGGGGACUUACAUCAUUGCUUUAUUCCGUGUAACGGCAGUGAACUUUACUACUUUAACUCUAUCUUCUACUUUGUACGAGUAAGUAAUUUGCUUGUACGCGUUUUUCUGAAUUCUGACCCUUGAUGUUUUGCAGUAAAGAAGGAUGGAAGGGAUUGGUUGAUGAAAUAGAAAUGGAAGUGGAGAGAAUAUCAGAACGAAACCUUGGCCGUGAUGACCGGUAUAGACAUUUUACUUUCACUGUAUAUUACCUUAUUGCCUGUCUAAAUAAUUUGAUAAAAAUAUAUUGAUAGGACUACGAGAGUAUUCCUCUGAAUUUUCUUAUUAAUGAAGUAGCAGUUUCAUAUUUUACCUUCACUAGGUUAUGUUUUCAUCGGCGUUUGUGUGCGCUUCUGUCUGUGUGUGUGUUUGUCCCUCAGCACGAUAACUUUAAAAUUAAACAUCAAACGUUUAAAAACGAAUAUUUUUGUGACUAAUUGACAUGUUGCCCAAGAACAAAUUGAUUAAAUCUUGGAUGAACAUUGGAUGAGAAAUUAGCAAACGUCUGUCUUGCUCUGCCGGGCAAUACAUAACUUAAUAUAUUUUAUUAUACUUGAUACAUAACUUAAUUUCCUGGCGGAGGUAUGUAGUCUCUGAGUGGCCUUUAGUUUCAUCAUAAUAUCAUGAUUAUACAUCAUUGAUAUCAUGCAUGGUUACACAAGAUGACUUUGAAGAUGUAAAUACCGUCCAUCACAAAAUAGGUUAAGCCUGUGAGGAGGUUGAGCCUGAGUUAUCAUAUAUUAUGUUGAGUUUCUCCUUUGUACGUUUGCCUCUAAAUAGUACAGCUCAUGUAGUUUACAAAUAACAACAACAAAGUUAGAUAACUCUUUCAUGUCCUUAUUUUCCAGCUGCAUAUCAGACCACGGUCGCGAGUCUCGUUGUCCAUUUCUUGAUGAAGAUGUUGUAUCGUUUUUAAACGCUUUACCGGUUUGGAUAAAG